GUGGACUUAAGUGGAAACACGCUGCUGACAGACAAGUCUGUGGUCCCACUGCUGCAGAAGAUGAUGAAGAAUCCGGCCUGCUCCACCCUUUCGUGCUUGCGCCUGCGGCAAUGCAUCCGACUGGGCCAUCCUUCAGUGGAGUUGCUUGUGAGUCUUAUUGCAAGUCCCCAUGGACUGAGCUCACUGAAGGUCCUGGACAUGAGUGGAAUUUAUUUGGCUGUGAAGUCUCAGUUGGAACUCUGCAAGGCUUUGGGCGAGCAUGCGAACUUGGAGAAUUUGAUGCUGGCAGACACUGGACUCGGAAGCAAUCCGGCCAUCAAGAAAUGCUUGGAGAAUCUUUUUGGAUGCAACACCCUUACUGCGCUGGACCUCAGCUGGAAUAGCUUUGGAGACGAAGUUUUUGUGGCGCUGGGUACAAACGUGGCACAUCCCCACGUUCAGCUGCGCUCUCUGUCGCUGUCAAGCUGCUCAUCGUCCAACGACGCAACGUCGGACCUGGCGCCCGCAAACAUCAUGCUGGAGUGCUUGGCCAAGGCGCGGUGCCUCACUUAUCUGGACAUCUCAAUGAAUCGCCUGGACCUAGGCGCAGCAUUGAUUUUGGAGGAUGCGCUCUCGGGGCAUCCCUGCCUCCAAGAGCUGGACGUCUCGCGGAAUCCGUUCGGGGCCCCAGGCGCACACUUCCUGACGCGACUCUUUGCCAACUCGCAUUUGGAGAAGCUGCACUGCCUAGAGGCUUUUGACAUGGGCGAUGCCUUUCGACAGCAUUUCUUCCAACUCUGUAAUCCAGAAGGCGAGUAUACCCUGAACAUGGCAAGCCCUUACUACCGCGCCGUCUUGCGGCUGCUGCUGAAGAUUUGCCGCAAGCUCAAUCUGAGUGUAAAGCAGGCCUUCUCGGACCUUACCUGCGAGGGCUGCGUGCUGACGGAGCAGCUGGGCGAUUACGGCAUCUACGAGGUACCAACCUCGGGCCGCAUGACCUUCGUCUUCAGCACGACCAAAGCUUCGGGGCCAGACGUUUACCAGGAGUCCGUGGAGGGCAUUGCUGAAUCGCUGGUCCUUCGCGGAGAGAUGUGCAAGAUCCGGCUUCGCCUGGACAAAGCCGUGUUGUUGAUUCCAGUCUUCGAUGCGCUCCAGGACAAGCUGCCGCUAAUCGAUGCCUUGGCCAAGAACUUCAUCGUGGACUAUUCCCACGUCGAGAUGUUUUGCAAGCUUGGCAAGAGUAUGAUGAUCCCCAAGAUCAUUCAAAGGUUGCUCCACGCCUGUUCCGGCGGAAAUCUGUGCCGGCACAUGUGUCUGCGGCUGGCAAGUACAAAGGGGCAGUACAAACAGAUCCUGAGACGGGCGAUGCUCUGCCUGACCUUCACGCCCAGCAAUCCGUCAAUGCAUUACACUCUGCACCUGGAUGAGCCGUGCGAUUUCCACAUGGCUGAGUCGCUACGGAUCUUAGACAGAUGGGAAGCCAAUGCUGCAGUGCGCUCUGGGUACUUCGACAUUUCUCAGCGCGGGAACCAGUCCCAGGUGCGCAAUGAGCGCUAUGAGGGCAGAAAGCCACUCUACCGGUCCAUCGUGGACUGGGAGCUUCCUUUGAUUGGAACCCUGGAGUUCGACUACGUCGGAGGUCCACGGACAGUUCCAGGCACCGUCCAGAUGACAGAUCCGGUCUUUGAGAAGUUCUUCCAGCACUUGCUGCAGUCUGGCUGUCGGGCAUGGCAGCAGUUUGAAGCUCUUCGAGCUGUUGCGCCGUAUGCCUAUUUGACGUCAUCGCAGCUGCGGCGGCUUCUCGGAGUGAUCUAUGAUGCGGAGGUGCGAAUGCAUGCUUUCCACGUCUUCUACUACAGGCUGACGGACAUUUGGAACGUGAAAGUCUGCAGAGCGCGCUUUUCCAAUGCGGAAUAUGCUCAGCUUCUGAACAAGCUCGGACCUGUUAAGUUCUUUCCCUACAUCCAGCCUGAGCAGACCCAACUUGACCUGGAUUUCUCAAUCCACGACGAGAAGCUGGCCGUUAACCUGCUGGUAAUGUUGAUGCAGAAGGAGGGUGCCUUGCUGCUGGAGCCCAGGUACAUCAGGGAGGACGGAACGGAGGACAAGUUGGUCACAGGUGUCCCGCGUGCAUGGGGAAGAUUCUCCGAUCUACCCAGGGCCGGAACCUUCUCAGCGAAAUAUUUUGUAGCCCCAGAGAAGCGCAAUAUGAAGACUCGGAUGGAUUUUCUCGCUGGCUUCGGGCGAUGGAAGGUGCCAGCCCUUAAGCAAGAGGAUGUGUCGUGGUGGUCAACCUUGUCUGACUUCAGCCUGGACAUCAUCCGCUUUUUGGAGGCAAUGCGGGAGAAGUACAACGACAACCUCGAGGAGGCAUUUCGGGAUAUUGAUGGCGGUGGUGGGAAUGGCUUGAUAACGCUCAAGGAGUUCGAUGAGUACUGCGACAGGUUGGAAGAUUCGCGUUUUCGCGGCAACAACCGCCGGGACCGCUUCCGAGCCAUUUUCCGGUACCUGGACGCCACGCUGGAGGGCUCUAUCUCGAUUGAGGAAUGGAUGCAACUGGAUACAGUGAAGCGCGAGUUGGACAGACAGACUGGCGAGUUGUACGACUUCUUCAUCUGGAGAUACGGUGAGAUGGCGGUG